UCCUGAAUCGAACGGGAUUUGGUACAAAGCCCUAACCCUACGUCCCUCCCACAACUCAGGUAUGUUUCAGAAGUAUCUCUGUGAUUUGUCAAUCAAUUCCUAUUGUGCUGAAUACAUGUCCCUAUAUUCAUUCUCUCGCUUCCUUUCUAGCUCAAUUCACCACCAAGCCCUCAAAUUCCCAACCUUUCACUUCAGCACUGCCGCCCCCUCCUCUACAGAGAAAUUCUACAACCACCUUCAAAAGAGCAGCCCCAAUGUUGAAAGGAUCCUCUCCACAGUCAAUGCAAAACUGGAUUCGAGAUGUGUAAAUGAGGUUUUACAUAAAUGUUAUCAUAGCCAUCCUCAAAUGGGCAUCAGGUUUUUCAUUUGGGCUGGUUGCCAAUCCGAUUAUAGGCACAGUGCUUAUAUAUAUAGUGAGGUGUGUCGACUAUUCGAGAUUAAACGAAAACCCCAAGUCGUUUUCAAUGUUUUUGAUUCAUACGUCAAGGAAAAGUGUGUCAUUAGUGUUAAGAUGUUUAAAGUUGCUUUGAAUUUGUUUAGAGAAGCUAGGCUUGCCAAUGAGGCUUUGUGGGUAUUGAGAAAAAUGACUGAAUUUGGUCUACGGCCGGAUACUACUGCUUACAAUACUGUUAUUAGGCUGUUCUGUGAGCCGGGUGAUAUGGAUAUGGCUCAAAAGUUGAUGGGAGAGAUGGGUUUGAUUGAUCUUUAUCCAGAUAUGAUCACAUAUGCAUCAAUGAUUAAAGGGUUUUGUGAUGUAGGUAGGUUGAAGGAUGCUAGUGGGUUGUUUAAGGUUAUGAAAGGCCAUGGAUGUCCACCAAAUGUGGUGGCAUAUUCAGCACUGCUUGAUGGGGUCUGUAGGUUUGGAAGUAUGGAUAGGGCACUGGAGUUGUUGGCUCAAAUGGAGAAAGAAGGUGGUGAUUGUAGUCCAAAUGUUGUUACAUAUACAUCGGUGAUGCAAAGUUUUUGCGAAAAGGGUAAGGCAAUUGAGGCUUUGGGGGUUCUGGAUAGAAUGGCUGCUUCUGGGUGUGCUCCAAAUCGUGUUACAGUUACAACGUUGGUGAAGGGCCUUUGUGUGGAAGGGCAUGUGGAGGAGGCUUAUAAGCUGAUUGAUAAAGUUGUUGCAGGAGGUGGUGUUUCAUACGGUGAAUGCUAUAGUUCUCUUGUCUUGUCCCUGGUAAUGAUUAAAAGACUUGAGGAGGCGGAAAAGCUGUUUAGGAAGAUUUUAGCUAGUGGGUUGAAACCCGAUAGCUUGGCUUGCAGUAUUUUGAUAAAAGAGCUUUGCUUGGAUGGACGACUAAUAGACGGGUUCCACCUAUAUGAAGCAGAGGAGAAGGCGGGGUUGUUCUCCUUUAUUGACUCUGAUACAUACUCUAUUCUAUUGAUUGGACUUUGUAAGCAAAACCAUAUGUUGGAAGCUGCAUAUCUUGUGAGGUCUAUGCUUGAGAGAGGGAUCCGAUUAAGAGUUUCCGACCUUAACCAGAUUUCUGAACAUCUGAAGAAAUUCGGAGACAAGGAGCUAAUCACACAAUUAGCGGGGAUUGUGAAGUAAUUCAUAGAAUGAAGGAUUAAUAAUAACUUGUCUUCAAGGCACCGUAAUAGUGCGGGGAUGAGAUUGCUAAGUUUGAUAUUCUAAGUUGAGGGUUGACAUCCAGAAAUGAGUGUACGAUUUUCACUUUUAUUUUGACAGGUACAACACAAGCAGAUGAUUCCUGAAGCUGCAUAUGAGUACUUGCAGAAUCAUUUCAGUGACAGGCUGUUCAGGAAUAUUAGCUUCGUAAGGCGAAGGUUGGUGUUUUCUCCGGCACCAUGGCAGACCAAAUUUGGAAAACCCAGCCAAAGACAUCGUUGUUU